CAGCAGCAGCAUGCGUGCGGCGGCUGAGGCUCAGGGCGCGAGAACCACGUAAGGUGCCCGCCGGAGCCUUCACCCGCCUCCCCCGGCAGGAACUUCCCGGCUCCCUCCCGCACGGUCCUGGCUUCUCCGGGGGGGUUUGGCACCGACAGCCGCAUGCAUGACACUCCGAAAAGGAGAGAAAAUGACCAUAAGUAUCCAGGAGCACAUGGCUAUUGACGUCUGCCCCGGCCCCAUCAAACCCAUCAAGCAGAUCUCCGACUACUUCCCCCGCUUCCCCCGCGGGCUCCCGGCCGCCGUGGGCCGCAGCGGCCCCCUGCGCCCCGCCGUCAGCCAGCCCUCCGUCAGCCCCGCCGAGGCGCCCCGCGACGACGACGACGACGUGGAUCGGCUUUUCGGGGCGUAUGGCACGACGCCCGCCGAGCAGCCGGCCAAGCCCCAGGCUCCCGAGGAGCUGGUGGACCCCGAGGGCUACGAGUCCGACGACUGCACCACGCUGGGGACGCUGGAUUUCAGCUUGCUCUACGAUCAAGAAAACAACGCUCUCCACUGCACCAUCAACAAAGCCAAGGGCCUGAAGCCAAUGGACCAUAAUGGUUUGGCUGAUCCAUAUGUGAAAUUGCACUUGCUUCCUGGAGCCAGCAAGGCGAAUAAGCUGAGAACCAAAACGCUGAGGAACACCCUGAACCCCACCUGGAACGAGACCCUCACCUACUACGGCAUCACCGACGAGGACAUGAUCCGCAAGACGCUGCGGAUCUCUGUCUGUGACGAGGACAAGUUCCGCCACAACGAGUUCAUUGGGGAGACGAGGAUCCCGCUGAAGAAACUGAAGCCCAACCAGACCAAAAACUUCAACAUCUGCCUGGAGAAGCAGCUGCCGAUAGAUAAAACAGAGGACAAGUCGCUGGAGGAGCGUGGCCGGAUCCUCAUCUCCCUCAAGUACAGCUCUCAGAAGCAGGGGCUGCUGGUGGGCAUCAUCCGCUGUGCCCACCUGGCUGCCAUGGACGCCAACGGCUACUCCGACCCCUAUGUCAAAACUUACUUGAAACCAGAUGAGGACAAGAAGUCAAAGCAUAAGACAGCUGUGAAGAAGAAGACUCUGAACCCCGAGUUCAAUGAGGAGUUUUGCUAUGAGAUAAAGCACGGUGACCUGGCAAAAAAGACCCUGGAAGUCACAGUGUGGGACUAUGACAUCGGGAAAUCAAAUGACUUCAUAGGUGGAGUCGUGCUGGGAAUCAAUGCCAAAGGCGAGCGGCUGAAGCACUGGUUCGACUGCCUGAAGAACAAAGACAAGAAGAUCGAGCGCUGGCACACGCUGACAAACGAGCUGCCAGGGGCUGUCCUCAGCGACUGAGCUGCCAGGGGCAGGCACAGCCCCACAGCCCAUGGACUGCUCUGCUUCAGGGCUUUGGGCACGGGGGAUGGUGGUACUGGGACAGCCCCCACCACGGCCUGGCUGCAGGGAAACCCUUCCCAGGGAACGAGGCAGCAGCGGUUCGCUCUGCUCAGCACGUCCCGGCUCCUAAGGCUUGUCUAAAAUGCCUCUUUGCACCCUCCCACACCCUCCCCACACACACACACACACUCACAAGCAUGUGUGUGCAUGCACACACCAUGGACACCUCAUGCCUGCAUGCACUGCAGUUCUGACUCCUCUCCAAGUCUUUGCUGUACUGAAUUACCUUCUCGCUGCCUUGCGAUUCAGUGGCAAAAAUGAAUGCAUCAGCCUCUGUUCGUGUGUCUAAUAUGAGCAAAAGGCAUCACUAAACCCUGGAACUGUUUUCUCAAGGCGAUUGUGCCAUAUUCCUGGUGGUUUGUCAGUCUCUGUGGUUUGGACCUAUGCAUUUAAAGCUCCUCCCUUGGAAUGACUGUGUCCCCUGACAGGACGUUUGCUUUUCUUCCUGCAGUGUUGUGCUCGUCCUCUCCAGUACCCCGUGUGAAGUGACCCAGCAAGCUG